AGAAACAAAGAAAGCAGAUGGGGAAGGGAGAAACAAAAUGAAAAAAGAAAAGCAAAGAAUAGGAGCAAAUGGGAGUAAAAAAGAUGGUCUCACAUGGGGAACAAAUUAGCUGAACUGUAGUCUCUGUUAUAUAUAUAUAUAUGCUAAUUUGGGGUCCCUUCUAGGCAUGAAGCUUCUUUAUAUUUCUCCUUUUUCUUUUGAAUUUGGUUUUCUGAAAGUCAUAAAAACCCCCCAACAACACCCUGUUUGCACCACUCUCAUUGUUUCUUCUUAACCUCUCAACAAGCUAGAGUCCAAUCAUGGCUAAGAAAAUCAACAUAGAGAGUGAUCCUCAUGGAAACCUCCACACCUCCUCUUCUUCCUCCUCCUCCACCUCAAUAGUAACAACAACAACAUCCCAUGAUUCUGUGAUUGAUAAAAGAACAGAGAGUGAUCAGAAUUCAGAGAAGCUCUCAAGCUCAACAGGGCAAGAGGAUAACAAUGGGAGUAACAAUGAGCCUAACACCAAGAAGAGGCAGAGGAGCAGCAAUGAUCAUGGCGAUGGAGGCAAGCACCCGACUUUUCGAGGAGUACGAAUGCGUUCUUGGGGCAAAUGGGUGUCUGAAAUCCGUGAGCCGAGGAAGAAAUCAAGAAUUUGGUUAGGGACAUAUCCUACAGCUGAAAUGGCUGCCCGAGCGCACGAUGUGGCUGCUCGGGCUAUCAAAGGUGCUUCUGCUUAUCUCAAUUUCCCUGAAUUGGCUCAAACUCUUCCACAGCCGGCCUCUGCUUCUCCCAAGGACAUUCAAGCUGCUGCUGCAAAAGCUGCUUCUGCUUUGGAGGAGAUGAAGAAAUGUGGAGCUGAAGUGGAAGAAGAAGAAGAGCAAGCAACACAACCCAGCAAAGAUGAAGAGACAACUACUACUACUGCUAAUACUAGUACUAGUACUAGUAACAGUACAGCUUGUUCUUCAUCUUCCUCUUCAGUUGAUUAUGAUGACAAAUUGUUUGACCUUCCAGAUCUUUUCAUGGAUGGCACAAAUGGAAGUUAUCAGUUUUGCUUUUCUUCUUCUUCAUCAUCAUCAUGGCAUCUCUGUGCAGCAGAUACUGGAUUCAGACUAGAAGAGCCAUUCUCGUGGGAGUAUUAAAUAGCAAAGUGAGUAUUAAGUACUCACUGGAUUCAGUACAGUGAGUUUGUCAUUGUUUUCUUCUUUUUUUAUCUAAACAGAAAUAAUGAAGCUUCAAAAUUCAAUCACAUUUUGGAACAACCAGACCAGAAUCAUUAGCAGCUGUACAUUUCAAUUGGGUUUGGUCCAGUUUGGACUUUGGACUCUAUGCUGCAGAAUUAUGCAAAAAAAAAAAAAAAUGAAGACUGGGUGUUAGCACUUGUUGCUUGGCUUAUAGUUUUGGCCCUGUGAAGAAAGAGAAAAGGGCGUAAUCUUUACUGCAAUGUACUAUAUGAUGAGCAGAAUAAAACUGU